AUGCUUACCAAAAAGGUUAGCAAAACUACGCUUACAGAUAAGCAAAGAUUAGAAGUUAUUAAACACAGAAACGAAAAUCCAAAUAAAACCCAUGAUGAUACUAUUAAAUGGAUAAAAAAUAUAUAUAAUCUUGAUAUUUAUCAUACUACAAUUGGACGUUUAUUGAAGCGAAAAAAUGAUAUUAAAGAAGGUUCCUCCUCAAAAAGAAUAAAACCUGUUCAACAUAAAGAACUUAAUUAUGUAUUAGAAGAUACUUUAGCUAAUCAUAAUGCUAUGAAUACUGCAAUUCCAAGGCUAAAAAUUUUAUUAGCUCAAUAUAAUCUUCAAGAUAUUUACAAUAUGGAUAAGACAGCAUUAUUCUAUCAUCUUGAACCUGAUAUUACACUGGCUACAACAAGUUUAAAAGAAUUAGAAAUUAAUGAAGGGAUAGGAGUAAAUACUGAGAAUUUAUUUACAACUACUAAUGAACUAAGUGAUCUUGAACUUCAAAUAACUAAGGAA